CAACUAAACCAUUGCACAAACAUAGGCUUAUAUAGCUACAGUAUUUAGUUUUAAAUGUUGUACAUACUGCCUAUGUUUGAAGAAUUUUAGUUGAUGUAUAUAUUUUUUUCAAUUUAUGUAUAAAAAAUUUUACUUAAUCACGUGACACUAAAUUUUUAGGUUUCGUUUAUGAAUAUUAAAAACCUCUGAUGGUGUGAAUGUUUAUAACUUUACAGUCAGCAUAAGCCAGUGGCAAAAAUAAUACAAUCAUAAGUUUCAAGUUCUGGUCAAUGUCUGUGUAUUUUAUUUUACAAAUAAAAAGUGUAUUGCUAAUCAUUGGUACAUCUGGCGUUAUUUUUGAUUUUAUAUAUAUUUUUUUCUGAUGCGUUGGCUACCCUGCGCGGCAGGCUAUAAUUUUUAAUUUAAGAAGUGUUGUGUAUAAUCGUUGCAAAAAAUGCACGAGUAGCAGAAGACCUUCAGAACUUUCUGUCAAAUAGUGAUUCCGUAUCCAACAGACCGUAAUGUUUUUACCCGUUGAUCCAAGAACAAGCGCAAAUUUUGUGAGAUUUAUCGCCAAGACUUUUAGCUAUUCCGUGUUUCUUUGAUGUCAAACGACUUCAAAAGCAUUUUGAAAGUAGUUUUCAGCUGAUGUGAUGUAACCGACUUAGCUUCGUACCAAGGGGAACCCACCGUAGUUGCAGAUGCAAGCAUGCUGGUACUCGCCAUCCUCUUGGCGCUGCAGGCCCAAGGGCAGUCCGAUGCCCGGACGAGCUGCACGCACGACGUCUUCACGGCGUACUGCAACUCCAGCGGUCUGCCCGAAGUGCCCGCCGACAUACCCAUACAGACCAAGAAACUAUACCUCGGAGACAACAACAUUUCUUCCAUCUCCGACCAAUUCGUCACCACGGACUGCGGCGACCUCCGGCUCCAGUGGAACUUCACCGACGAGUCUUUGAGCCACUGCAGCCGUCUUCCUUACCUGUACUACCUGGACGUUUCCAACAACCAAAUACGACAACUCUCGAGACACUUCAUUUUCGGGAUGACACAACUUCUGUUUCUCGACAUCAGAAACAACAAACUAGAAACCCUCCACCAGGACACUUUCUACUUCAGUAGACUUUUAGUCUUUGUUGAUAUUUCUGAGAACUUCAUACAGUACAUCCCUUCGACACUUUUUCAAAAUUUAAGGCAUUUAAAAUUUCUCCACAUCCAUAAUAAUCUUCUUAGGAACUUAGACUCCAAUACUUUUGUGGGUUUAGACAAUCUACACGUACUUUCGAUGCACAUCAAUUUUAUAACCGAUCUUGAUCACGGCCUGUUUAGAGAUUUACAUAAUUUGACAGUAUUGAGAGUGCAACAUAAUCGCCUGAGCCACUUAUCCGAGGAGGUAAUAGAUAAUGCCAUAAACCUUAAAAUUCUUAAUGCUUCAUAUAAUGAUAUUACAUUUUUGUCUUCCACAAUGUUUUCGAACAACAAAUUAUUGUUGGAAGUGGAUUUUAGUCAUAACCGAAUAAGGAAACUGACCAAGCAUACAAUGCAGAAAUUGAUAAAGUUUAAUGUAGUGAAUUUUUCUUUUAAUUACUUAAAAUUUUUAUAUUUAAGUUAUUUGCCAGUUUCUUUACACAAAGAACACUCAUUAAAUAUUCUUAAAACAGAUAAAAACGUGUGCGAAAAUAAUUUAGAAGACAAUAUUCCUUGUUUUUUAAGAGAAGUACGUAAAUAUUUUAGAGAUAAAUUGGUGUCGCAUUCAAUAAAUUUUUCUUUCAAUAGAAUCACUCAGAUAAUAUUCAGCAGUGCAAAAAUUGCGCACACAUUAGAAAUUUUGCAACUUUCACUGUCUGGUAAUUCCAAUCUCUCAUUUCCAAUCCCGUUUAUAAAAAAAGAAUCUACCAUAACCAGUUUAGAUCUUAGUGAAACUAAUUUGAGUUGGAAGAAUUUAACUUUAUUUGACAGUAUACUUAAUCUGCCUCACUUGAGAACUCUGAACAUUGUUGGCUGUGAAGCUUGCGAGUAUUUCACAAGAAGUGAAUUAUUCGUAAUCUUCAACUUUAAUUUACGAGUCGAAAUCAAGUGUGGCGAUAACACAAGGAAGUUUAACACUGUGAAUAUACUGGAUAACAGCAGAACAUAUUUCGCGUCGGUUGCGAAAGGCCUUUCCUCGAAGGAGUUUCAAGAAACACUCAAUGCCACUGAUUUUGCAAACGAUGGAUUUUUCGAAGAAGAUUUGCAUAAUAUAUCGACAUCACCAUGUGAUUUUAUUAUGAAUCCAACGAGAAUAUUUCACAAAUUUGGAGAUGUAGUAUUUAAUGUAGAUUGUGCUUACGUGACAGACUGUUCGUACUCCACGAUAUAUGUUUUACCAAAAUUAACUCUCUCUACACAGUGCAUUUUGUUUUCACACAAUAUCAUAAAUUAUAUGGAAAAAGAUUAUUUUUCUUUUAAUGAAAACACAGUCUUCUUAGACUUAUCAUAUAACAAACUCUAUGAAUUGCCAGAUAAAUUAUUUGCUAAUUUGAAAACGCUGAAAAUUCUUAGACUCGAUAAUAAUAAGUUAACUGACUUAAGUAGUCGUCUAUUUGACGAUUUGUUUAGAAUUGAGUUUCUUUCACUUCAUGGAAACAACAUUGUUUCUUACACACCAGACACUUUCGCCACAUUAAAAGGUCUAAAGUUGCUUACUGUUUUCUUUAAAGAUAUCAAUUCGUUUCUUACAGAAACGUUAAAAUACCAAAUUAAUUUGACUUUACUUGAAGUGCAUGGGCAAGGAGAUUUGAGUUCACAGCUUAAUAUUUUUAAAUCCUCUUUUUGCAGUUUCCAGCCUAGAUUGAUGUCUCUUAAGCUAGUAGGUUUCAAUCUAAGUGCAUCAUUUACUAACAUUUCUGAUACUUUCAUUUGUCUAUCUUUUUUGAAAAGGAUCAGUUUAGAAAACAACAUUUGUCCUGUGCUGUAUGGUAACACAUUCCAAGGUUCAAAUCAUCUCGUAACAUUAAAGUUUAAAGGAAACGGAAUAAGAUUAUUGGAGAAACAAGUUUUCAAAAACCUCACAAAAUUAUCACACCUUGACCUCUCCUUUAAUCAAAUAAGUGUUCUUCAUAGCGAUUUGUUUUUAGAUUUAACGCAAUUGUUCGCUUUAGAUAUUUCUCACAAUAAAAUCACCAGCCUUCCUCUAUCUAUAUUUAGAAAGAUGUUUAGUUUAAUUAGUUUGAAUUUGAGCUACAAUUGUAUCAUUGGUGUUGAUUUGCACAUAUUUUCUAACAUGCCUUCGCUAAACAGUUUGUCACUAGACAAUAACGAGGCAAAAAUAUAUUUAGAACAAACUGGUUCAGUAAGACAAAUGUCACAACAUUCCAAUACUCAAAACAUUUUCAAUCGUACCGUAAUCCCUGGCGACGGCGUGAUUUGGGAGAAUCAGUUAAUAACCGAAAUUAAUUUAUGCAAUACUUCAAUUGUUACCGUAACCGAAUAUAUGUUUAUGAAUUUGACAGAUAUUUUAAGUUUAUUUUUAUCAAAUUCACAAAUAAUAAAAAUCGAUGACAAUGCAUUCGUCAGUACCGUAAAAUUACAAUUAUUGUAUCUGGAUCACAACUUUUUAAAAGUAAUAAAUAAAAAACUCUUCAGAAAUUUAGUUAAUUUGGAAAAGCUUUAUUUACUUAAAAAUCGAUUAAAAUUCAUUGAAAGUGGAGCAUUUAUUAGCUUGUAUAAUUUGGUUUAUAUUGAUAUAUCGUUUAAUAUGCUCACAAUGUUUGAUUCAAAAUCUUUGCCAGCUGAAAAUAGGUUAUCAUUUCUGGUCCUUCAAGACAACUUAAUUGUAUCGAAUAAAUCAGACUUUUCCCAGCUUCACUUAUUGAGGUCCUUAUAUUUAAACAAUAACAUUUUUCUAAAUGUCACUGCCAGUUUAUUCAGGGGGUUAUCUAAUUUAAUUGAAAUGCAUAUUGCCAAUACUACCACGCACGAGCUAUCGAAGAUGUUUUUCCAGAACCACAUUAAGUUACGCUCUAUUCAUUUGAACGACAAUUGUCUUCAAAAGCUAGCAAUCGAACAUUUUUCGCCUUUGCGAUACUUGGCUAUCCUAGAUUUGGGCACUGUAACGUCUGUGAAAUGUGGAAUAGAUUCUGGCCUGAGUUGGAAGAAUAUGACCCUACUUAAUUACUUUUUUGAAUUACCAUAUCUUGAUCAGAUUACUCUUACAGGAAAUUCUAUUUGCGAUGAAGUACAGCGAAAACAAAUAAUAGAGAAUUUAUAUCUUUCGUGGAAGUUUAUAAGAGUCAUCUGUUCAGAAAAGGGUGAAGAAGAACAGCUGAUAUUAAGUAAGGAUGGUUUAACAUUCACAUUUUAAAUAAAAAAAUUGAAGAAAAAAUCACUUAAUUAUUACAUUUAUAUGUUUAGUUUUCUCUGAAAUGGUUAAUAUGUCUAACUUAUAUUGUAACGUAAAAUUUCAGUACCUACAUAGUCUACAGUAGGUUUUUAAAUUGUUGAAAAUAUUUUCUGUUUGUCGGUUUCAUCCAUAGGGAUGCCAGUGUUAUUUGAGAUCUUUACUUUUUUUUUUGCCUUUAAUUGAAUAUUUUAUGCGUAAGUGUUUUGAAUGUAUGCUUUUUAACUGCGGAAACGUCAUAAGCAGACACCAUCGGCAGUCUCUCACCCGUCCUUGGACUUCAAAGAGUUGGCAGUAUCGCUGUCUCAACUCCAAGGAGAAAGGGCGAGUUACUGUGUACAUUAAUCUACUAAUUUGUUUUUCGAAACUCAAGAAAUAAGUAUUUUAUGUUAUAACUAUGUCUAGACCAGUGGCGCAUACAGAAAUGUAUCUCGGGAGGGGAUAUGAAAAAAUAAAAUGAGAAAAUUUUUGUACUCUGAAAACCUUACGUUAACAAAAGUUUUUAAAAAUUAAUUUUUUUUUUUUUUUUAAAGUUUGGUAGGUACAUUAUCAUUCCCGCGUCGCUGCCUUUGAAGAUUAUGAUUGCAGGCGCUUUAACAGCUCAUCUUAUAUCACCCAAAACAUACUGCCUUCACAGAGAUAUCACUUAUUUUUACACAGCUUGGGGGGGGGGGGAUAUUUACUUCCUGACCCCCUCCCUCUGCAACCGCCGCUGGUAUAGACUUCUGGUUGAAAGUUAUCUUUGUAAUAAAAAAAAAAUGUGAGCGAGUCUUUCAGUACUAGGCAGUGAUGUGUAACAUCUAACCUCGGUAAAUAGCAAAUUCAUGUGUUCUCAUGAUUCAAAUACACUUAUAAUAAGAAACUCGGACACGAGAGCUAACGUAGAAUUCUUUAAAAUAAUGCGGAGUGCGAUAGAUACACGCAAAUUGUUUUUUCACUUACAUUUCUGAACGUGAAUCACAUGUAGUUUCCGCACCCACCGCUAGAAUGCGUGGCCGGAGCAGCUGCGUCGACUAUGGAAUUAUUUGAUUUGUAGAGCGAAAGGUAAAACUAUAUAAUAAAACGGCUCCGAUAAAAGGGUAAGAAACUUGAAAAAAAAAUCUCUCUUUGGCUUUGUGAACUAUGGUUCGCGUCAUCCGCCACAGCUAGCAGCACCGUGGUUACACAUUUCCGUUUCAUGCGACUUCCGUUCCAUUCACGAAAUUAUUCAUACCAAAAACCGCGGCUACACCGAGAGCUAAGAUGUUACACAUCAAAAACAAUAACCGAUCAGUCGUUAUUGUAAAGUGAAAUGUAUAAAUAAUGCGCAUAAAUCUGUUAUUAAAGAAAAUUAUUUAAAUGGCCACUUCCUAAACGCGACGUUUCAAUAGUUUCCUUUCUUUGUUUUUCGUGAUAAGCCCACUGCACAUUGUCUAUCCGCAUUGAUGUCCAUACCCCUUUCCCCAAUGAUGAUGGCACAUUCCCCCCACACCCUUAAACCAACGAUCGCCCCUCUACCCC